GUCAAAAACACUGCUAUUAUCUUCAAGUGUAAAUAUUUCGGCAAAAAAUUAUCAAAACCAUGGUCCAUAGAAAUUACUUCAUACCCUGGGCACAAACAAACAUAAGGCAUGGAGAAAACCCCUACAGAAUUACUAAUAAAAACCCUACCGAAGUCCACUAAAGUGCUCUUCGGUACAGUGUCUGGUAUGCUAGCCACAGCCAUGGUGCACCCUCUAGACGUCAUAAAAGUCCGUCUCCAGCUGCGUGAGAAGAAGCUUUCCACCACGGAGGUGGCUCGCCUGAUGGUGAAGUGUGAGGGCGUCAAGGCGCUGUAUGCAGGCCUGAGCGCGGGCCUGAUGCGACAGGCUACUUACACCACCACUAGGCUCAGUACUUACCAUCUGCUGAACGAUUAUUAUAAGCGGGAAUACAACGUGCCAAAAGGCUCGAGCCUCAGCACGCACGACAAGGUGGUGAUCGGCAUAUACGCGGGUCUCCUGGGCGCGCUGGUGGGCAACCCGUCGGAGGUGGCGCUGGUGCGCAUGAUGGCGGACGGCCCGCGCCUGUGCAGCCCGUGCCCGCGCCCGCGCCGCUACCGCAGCGUCUUCCACGCCUUCUACUGUAUUGCCCGCGAGGAUGGAAUACGCACUCUCUGGCGAGGCAGCACCUUGACUCUGAGCAGAGCGAUGCUUGUGAGCGUUGCUCAAAUUGGGACAUAUGCAGAGGUGAAUGAAUUCUUGAGGCAGAACAAGAUACUACAAGGCUAUUACACUGCCCAUUUUUUCACUUCUGUGGCGUCCAGUUUUGUGACCACAAUACUAUCACUGCCUAUCGAUCUCGUGAAAACAAGGUAUCAAGUAAGAAGCGACACGAUGACCCAAAAGGACAUACUAAACGAUAUAUUGGCACGAAAAGGCGUACGGUACCUUUGGAAAGGAAUAGGCCCUUACUUCAUUCGGAUGACGAUACACACUAUUGGAACCCUGUUAAUGUUCGAAUACUUGACUGAAAAAUUCUAUAGAAAAGAGGACAAAAAUAAUGAGGGUGGGAAGGAGCAGAAGGAACCCGAGUAUACAGGACACGAUAGAUUCUACCAGGAGCGUCCCAGGACCAGUUAUAGGAAGAAGAAACGUCGUGGAGCUUGCAGGAGAGCCCAGUCUGCUGCUGAACUGAAUCCUGAAUCCAUCGCAGCUGCUAACAAGAGAAAUGCUUUUCGGAUACGCUCUGUCUCCACGGAUAGAGAAGAAAGUGAAGAAGAAAACUCGGAGCGUACUCCACUGGUGGCACAGAAGAUAGACUCGUUGGCCAAACUGUUGUUCAACAAAUCCCUGAUGGGUAUAGGAUCUGGAAAAUCUUCACCGUCGGAACCACCGGCGUCACCAAGGUACGAUCUAAUUUCUCAACUGGGCGCCAUCGGUUCACGCCCAAACAAACAUUGGUUCGCCAUUCACGACAACUCCAUCAAAACUGACAGACUUCUCACCUUGAUGCCGCUGACCAACAAAUGCCCAGUGGAGCCGACGGAGCGCUCCCGAGGCCUCAUCAUGGAGCUGUUCCGAGCCCUUCAUCACCCAUACAUCUGUCCUGUUCUGGAUUUGGAGCUCUGCAACGGGCAUGCUUUAGCCGUGCUCCCUUUUAACUCUCGGGGCAGCUUGAAAGACCUCAUCUACAAGAGCACAUGGAACGACGAGUACCCUCGCAAGUACGGGUCAACUGGUACCGGGCUUCCAGCGUGGCAGGUGGCUCGCUUCGGCCGCCAGAUGCUGGAGGGACUGAUGUUCCUUAAGGAGAAGGGGUUCCCGCCCUUCCGCCACCUGCAUUCCGGCAACGUGGUGGUCCAAAAUGGAGUGGCGCGGAUAUGCGGUCUAGAGAACACCCUGAUAGGCGCGCUGCCCCGCUGCCCGAUUGCGCUGGCCGCGCAGACGGAGCUGGUGGAAGCCAUGAGCGUCGGCGCGGUGCUGUUCGAGAUGUGCGCUGGCGCAGAACUCGACCUGGCGUUGUUACCCGACUUGGCGCCGAACUAUCCUAAUGUGGUGGAGAUCAUCGAGCAGAUCUUCGGGCCGCGCGCGCCGACGGUGCACGAGCUGCUGCUGUGCGAGGUGUUCCGCAAGAUCGACCUGCGCGAGAUGAAGGGCUCCUGCUUGCCGAACUUCAGCCAGCGGCUGUCCCGUUCUUGCCUGUCGCUGCUGGGCGAGGUGGCGCGCCGGCAGCCGGGCUCGCCGCGCCGCCGCCCCGCCGCCUCGGGACCUGCCUCGCCCGCCUCCCCCGCCACCCCGCCGGCUCGCAGUUUGUGUUCUGGAAAGAAAGUGAAAAUGGCCGACAAAAAACCACCACCCAAGGUGAUGCCGAUGUGGGUCAACUUCGUGCUAGGAGGAAUGGCUGGAAUGAUGUCGAUAUGCGUGGUGCAACCGGCCGACCUGGUGAAGACCCGGAUGCAGCUGCUAGGCCCGGGCGAGAAGGGCAAGUCGUUCAUCGACAUCACGGGCGACAUCGUGAAGAAAGACGGGAUAUUGGGCUUGUACACCGGCCUGUCUGCGGCGCUGUUCAGGCAGGCCACGUACACCACCGGGCGCCUUGGCUGCUUCAAUGCGCUGAUGGACUUUUAUAAAGUCAAGUACGGGAACCCCAGCUUCCCCGUAAAACUGUUGAUGGGAAUGGCGGCGGGCGGCGUGGGCGCCUUCGUCGGCACCCCGGCAGAGGUGGCCCUCAUCCGCAUGACGGCGGACGGACGACUCCCCCCGGAGCAGAGGAGGAACUACACCAAUGUGUUUAAUGCUUUGGCCAGAAUAUCGCGAGAGGAAGGCGUGACGACACUGUGGCGAGGCGCCGUGGCCACGGUCACCCGCGCUAUGGUCGUCAACGGGGCCCAACUCGGCUCUUACGCUCAAGCUCGCGAAAUGCUGCUCGAUACAUUCGGGGAAGGCAUAGCGCUGCACUUCGUGUCCUCCAUGAUAGCAGGCUUCAUCACCACCGUCGCUUCGUUGCCCGUUGACAUCAUCAAGACCAGGGUACAAUACUCGGCAAAGGGAACAAGUCAGGUACAAGUCCUGAUGAGUAUCAUCCAGAAGGAAGGAGUUCUAGCACUGUGGAGCGGCCUCAUGCCAACGUACCUUAAGAUCGGACCAAUGACAGUACUUACGUUCAUUUUCUUAGAGCAGCUGAAUGGUAUUUACUACAAAUAUUUUUAAAUGGUCAGCCAAAAUCUCAUUAGGUAUCGCCUUGAUCAUAAUUGCGGUGUUUCACGAAACUAUUUGGAACAAAACUUGGUUUCAAAUCACAAUAUAAAGAGACUUAUCUUGUGGCCGCACUUUUUACGUAUUAAUCUGUACUAUAGCAAAUACACUCCUUAAGUCCAUAAAAUAGCGCGACAAAAAGCGAUAAAAUAAUCGACUGGCGUCGGCUAGCUAAUCACCAAUAGCAUAAUAUUUUUUACAAAAAUAUAAUAGCCCAUAGCUUUUAUUGCUGUCACGCGUGUAAAUUAUUAAAAUGGGAACCAAACAAGAAAAAUAUUGAUGUAACAUAAAACGCAUUUUCUUGCACCAUUCCCUGAAUCUUGUUGCAUGUGUGAGGUUUCAUGAAUAAUCACUAAGUUGAUGACAAUUCAGAGUGCGGCCAAGUCUCUCAUAGAAUAUUAGAAAGCAGAAAGAAAGAAAUAAAUUAUAACUUAUUACCUACUCACAGAUAGAACUUUGGUUUCUUAUAGAAGAGAUCUUAGGUAAAGUUAGCAUUGUCAUGUUGUAGAAACGUUACCUUACUUUGGUAAGAUUGUCUCAUAAUGUUAUUUACCUAACCAGUCAUGUACCACAGUGAUAAUGACUAAUUUACAAAUAAAUACGUAAUUUUG